AUGGUGGCAGCAUCCGAGUGUUCAGCCAAGGCUCAACUCAACAACGCCAGAAGGGUUUCAAAACCCAUGAUGGAAAAGAAGAGAAGAGCCCGUAUUAACGAAUGUCUAGAUGAGCUGAAAACCCUUAUGGAAAACUACUACACUAAUUAUAUUCGCAAACGGAAGCUGGAAAAGGCGGACAUUCUGGAAAUGACAGUGAGACAUCUAAGAAAUCUCCAGAAAGCUCAGCAAGGCCACUUUCUGGAUGCCAGCUGUGUUGAAUACCACGCAGGGUUCCAGAGUUGCUUGAACGGGGUGAAUCAGUUCUUCCUGGCCGCAGACCACCCGCACUUCCUCCGUCUCAAUGUCCUCAAACAUCUGUCUGGGCAGCUGUGCGGAUCGGCUGCGGGUUCCAGCACCGCGGACAGCGACGCUUCAGGACGGGUCGCGAUGUCCCAGAGCGUCAGGCUCAGCAGGGAAGAGGCCGAGAAGAAGUGCCGCCUUCCACCCCCACGGCGCAUCACGGACGGCGACCAGCAGCAGCCGAAUGAGAUGAGCGCUGGGAACGAAAACGAGACGCGAGCGCUGCCACGCGUGGCGAAGGAGCGCAAACAGUGCGCGUGUGUCUCAUCGCACAGCUACUGGCGUCCUUGGCAGAAAAUGUAG